CGCCGAGCGACCGGGAUGGUUUUGGCAGAGGACCGGCAGCGCCGAGCCGGGCGGAACGCUGGUGCGCGGAACGCUCAGCUCAGCUCCCUUUCCCAGCCGGCGGCGCCGGGAGGACCACGCGUGGGGGCGGACCGCCGCGGUGGCCGCGCUGCGGGCACGAUGUGGAGCCGUGUCCGUGGCUGGGGCGGUGCGGCCAGGGGUUCCUGCGGGCUCGCGGUGCGGCUCCUGGCCGGUCGGGAGGUGGUGGGGGUAGCGCGGCAGCAACGGAGCUCUUGCAGCAAAAUACAGAAACUCUUCAGCACAAGCAGCGUGUUUUCUACUGAGAAAGAUAAAUCUACCCCUUCCAAAGACAGCACUACUGAAGAGGCAUCAAAGAGCAAGGAGGAUGCAGCAGAAACACCAAAGAAGAAACUGUUAGACAUUAUUGGUAACAUGAAGGUAGAAGUGAGCUACAGGAGAAAACUCCAACAGUUAAAAGCACAAGAGAUGAAAAAGCAAGCCAUAAAUAAGCUGGAAAGCCCAGACACCGAAGGUGCUGUGCUUCAGAGAACUAGAGAAGGGAUCCAGCGAGGCAGGCCUUUAAAUCCAGAACUGGUCGAGGCCGCUUCUGCAGUUGCAUCUUCCCUACCACUCAAUAAGAAGCAGACAGAAUCAGAACUACUUGCACAACUAAAACGACAUGAAGAAACCACAGAUAAACAGAAAAAGGGGGGAAUUGUUAACUUACGCGACGUUAUUUCAGGAAUGGCAGUUAAAAGGCAGUCCCCAGCUCAGAGAGGUGUGAGGAUAUCUAGUCGCAUUUCCUUGGACUUUGAUGAAGAUGGUCAAAGAAUGAAGCCGGGAAGAUUUUCACCUCAGUCUUCUGACUCUGGAAGAAGUCUCAAAGUAGGAAAGAGGCUUAAUAUAUUCACUAAGGCUUCUACAGAAACACAAAGCACACUGAAAACAGUAUCUUCACCAACUAUCUGGGAUCUGGAGUUUGCGAAGGAGGUUGCAGCAGUAACUGCACAGCCUCCCCGGAACGGUUUUGAGGAGAUGAUUCAGUGGACGAAAGACGGACUACUGUGGGAGUACCCAGUUGACAAUGAAGCUGGGAUGGAAGAUGAUGCUGAAUUUCAUGAACAUAUCUUUCUGGAGAAACACCUCAAAGACUUUCCCAGUCAAGGACCUAUUCGCCACUUCAUGGAACUAGUCAUCUGUGGGCUUUCAAAAAACCCAUACCUCAGUGUUAAACAGAAGAUUGAACAUAUUGAGUGGUUUCACAAGUAUUUUGAAGAAAAGAAGGAAUAUCUUAAAGACAUUUGAGACUUGGGAAAGUGUUUAACCUUGAACUAAAGAAUCGUUACAUCAAAAUUGACAAUUUCUUAUAAUGGAAAUACAGAGUAAUCAUGUGACCUGAAAACUGUAUUUUUAAAGAAUAAACUGAAAGGUCGUACUUUCAUGUGUGCAUACCCACAUAUGUGUCGAUAUUUUUUGACUACAAAUGAAGGAACUGGAAAGUAUGGCUUUUGUAGAAUGUGCAUUUAAAGUUUAGUUUACCAAAAUUGCUGUAAUUUAAACACAAAACUCAUCUUCUGACUGUACAAAAUACUGGGUCUGACUCCACUUCCUACACCCUUCACACUUGGUGCGUAUCUUAACAGGUUUGAUCACUUUUCCCAUUCUGGAAAACUUGCAAUGCUUUCCUUUUUAACUCCUGAUGUGGCUCUAAUUUUGAAAAGCUGUUACUGAGAUCGUAACAGUUUGUUUUGCUAAUUCAUGAAAUACACUUAUUUGGAUGGCAUUAAUCCUUUCUAUCCUCCUUUCACUAAUUGUCUUUAUUGGUUCAUUUAAAAAUUUUUGGUAAUGAGUAAGUCAUUUGAAUUGAAUAUUUGUUAGGUUGUCUGCUUAAUGAAAAGGCUAUUACAUCCAAAAGAUGUGUACACAGCAUAAUACUGCUGAAUUACAUAAAACAAUAUGGGAAGUCUCUCCUACCAUCCAUACAUCCAUGACGAGCUUUCCAUCAGUAUUUGUUUAAAAAUGGGUCUGGUUGUCAAAUAAUCCAUAAAGUUCUGUUUCAUUAGAACAAGCAGUUUCAUGAUUACUACAGUGUUUGGAGCUGAGGCUUUAUCUCCUUCCUCUGCAGGGCUAGAAAGAGGACUUGAUGGUGCUGGCAAGGAGAGUUGUCCCCUUCUGAUUGGUGUCACAUGAUACCACUGCUGUUUUCUGUCUAAUUCUCUGAUGCUGGUGAAGUAACUUCAUAUUUUCUAGCUGAUCCUUUAUUCUAAUUAAAUGUGUGGCCCUUUGUGUCUAUUAA